UGUUUCUGAAGUUAUCAAUAACCUGCAGAAUGUCAUAUGUGCUUACUGCUGUUAGUGUACUGCAGUUCUGUUUGUUACUGGACUCAAAUGAGUACUUUAUAUACUGUUUCACAGACACAUCAUUUUCAACAGUAUCUGUGAAAUAAUUGUUAAAAAUAUUGCUGACUUGAAGAGGAUCAGAGAUAAAUUCCUUAUUCACAGUUAAUUGUACAUUAUUAAUUUUAGUGUCUGUUUCAUUGUUUCUGAUUUUAUUUACAACUGACCAGCAAGUCUUUAAAAUCAGAAAGAAUCGGCCAACAGAUAUGAGGUUCAGAUAAUGUUUCAAUCUCCUGACUUCCUUGUGGUACUUAUAUCUGUACUGCUUGUAGAGUUCUUUGUGUAACUCUGAGUUAGUCACUCUAUGUGAGCUUUCCAUUUUUUCUUUCAGAUCUUUUGGUUUAAAAUCUAGUGGCACAGGUUUUGAUUUUGAAGGUUGAUUUUUCUGGAUACCCACAUUUUUUUUAAUGGCAUGGCUCUAUUUAAGUGCUCAGUCGUAAUUUCUGUGAACAUGUUCCAUUUAUUGUUGACCCUAAUGGGAGUCAUAACUGAUUCCCAUGAUUCCUGGCUUAAACUAUGUCUUAGUGUAGCAAUAUUGUUUGCAAAUAAUAUUCACCUGGCCUUGUACAUUUUUCUUGGUUUGAAUUUGGUAUCACAUUUUAGCACUAAUGUUUGGCCUAAAUGAUCUGAGAGGUAGUUCCCUGCCUUCAGUGCAGAAAGAUGUGAUAACUUCUGAGGUAGAGAGACCUGGAAUAGGGCUCACUCAACCACUUAAGCCCAGUUGAGGAGCUACUUGAAUAAAAAAGCAGUGGUAACAUAAGGACUCAUCUACUAGCAAUAAUGACUGGAGGAAUUGGCGAUAUGCUGAUCACAUGUCUGGCAAUCAUAGCUUGCUUGUCAUACUGCCUUGAAAGCAGCAGUUAGUCAGUCAGAACAGGUUUAAGGUGUUUGAAAUUUUUAUUAAUGCAAUAAUGUAAAAAACAACUUCUCCAUGCACUACAGUAUAUGCAAAUUUAAAAAGGAAUUACUGUCACACACUGGCAUUACUGAUAAAUAUCAAACAAAGUCCAAAGGCCAACUUAGCAGCCAUAUGGAGUAUAUGUAUAGCAGAUCUCUACCUUUCUGAACAAAUCUAGAAAACAAUGUUGGUCAUUUUUAUAAUUAAGCUUCUCAUAAGGAACAUCCACAAUAUUUUAGUAUUUAAUGACUAACUUUUUUUAAUAUGAAAGAGUGAAUGUCUGUGCACUAUUCAAAUUUAUCAAUGAAUACACAGUCACAUAGCAACAGUGUUUCUCAGCCAUGAACCUUUGGAUUUGCAGUUUGAUACUAAGUUAACAAUUUGUAUCAAGUUUUUUUCCCUCUGCCCCAUGUUUAAUCAUGAUACAUACAGAUAUUAUACAAAACUGCAUAUCCCCUUGUAGUUUGUGUACAUGAGUUCACAAUUCUGGGUAGUAGCACAUUGUAAAUGAUUGCAUCUAUUGUAUAAGUGGUGUCACAAAAGAUCCAUUUCUUGCUUGCUUCAUCAAUCCUUCAUCAUGGUAUACACCAGCAUUGAUAUUAUUGUUUUAUCUUUAAUUACAAGUGGUUUAACACAAGUUACAGAUAUGUACAUCCUUGUUUUUCAUUGUCAGAACUCCUGUUGUUUGUUAUAUGUGCUAUAACAGUGUAUAUUUUAUAUUUUACAGAGUGUAAAUAAAGAGUUAGUAAUUCUGUUCCUUUUCACUGGUGUUGUUUUCAUUUCUUGGUAAUUUACAUAACAGUGCAAUACUGAGUGCACUUAGCGCUCUUUUGUGACUUCUAUAUUUAUUUCCAAUUCUGUUUUUUUGUAUCACCGAUUACUGUUUGAUUCAGCAUGCUACUGCAAACUUGUUUUGCAUAUUCCAUGUUAAUGUAGAAUGUUAAUGAAAGACCUUUAUUCUCUUCUACUCAAAAUUCAAACAACCACUAAUGACCAUAUCAACAUCUUAAUGAACAGAAAAAAUUUCAUUAGUCUGGUAAGAAAAGUUAAACCAUCUUGGAUGUACACUACUUCUAAAUUUACUUUUAUUCUUAUGCUACAGUCUGAUAAUGUAACUGAAACUUUGCAUUUGGUUUUGGAGAUAAAGACGCCAUGUAAACUAUCUGAAGAUGUGUUGCAUUCCUGAUUUUUGCCUUUAACAUGUUCUAACUACACUAUUCUUGAGACAUAUUUUAGUCACUUAAUGACAAGAGCAGACGUGGUUGUUUUAUCUUGAAUGAUGUUGCAUUUAAUGUAUCCCCAUUUUGAUUUUACAUUAGUCUAUUAUAGUGAAACAGUAUGUUCAUCUGUUUCUUUCAUACAGUUAAUAAUCCAGAAAUGUACAUAGGAGUGCAAUUACCACCAAAGUAGAUUCAUUUCCCAAAUAUGAUUUUAUGAUCCACAAAGUGCUAGAUCUCUAUUUGAUACAAAAUUCAAUGGGAUAAUUUCUCUUAUUUAGCUCCACCAAAACUCCAUUAAUUAAGGUAAUGUAGUUUCUCUGAGAAUUAAAUUGACUUUAGAAUGUGUAGACACUUAAUGUUAAAUUACUUUAUGGAACUGUGCGCAUGAGGGCAUUUAGAGAUAUUUCCUUUAUCAGUUUUUUUCCCCAACAGUAAACUAUAUUAUUAAGGUAGAGCAGCAUGAUGUGACUUGCAGAAGAACCUAGUUUUAAGACCAGCUGAUGUAAGUAUACCAGUAGUGCUAGGUGACCAUAAGAGGAAAAAGGUUAUACAACUGAAAUACAAACAAAAACUUGAAACAAUCAAUGGACAGAAUUUCUUUACAACAACAUAGGACAAUGUUCAUCCAGAAGGUUCCCUUUAAUAUAAAUCAGAAAUCUUGUUUCAUCUUAUGUUUAUGUUUAAUAUGCCUUCAGUUCAAAGUGCAUUAGGAAGGUUGAAGAUAAUUGAAAAUUUUGACCUCAUAAAGCAGGAAAUUCAGUAAGUGGUUAUAAGUGGUUAUCUCCAUUUUAAUCAGAAAAAUAAAACAACUGUAAUGUAACUAUGAACAAUACUGUAAAAUUCUGAACACUAGUCAGAAAAGGAAAUUGAAUUAAAGCAAAAAUUUCCAAGUACAGAAUAAAAUUCAUCUGAGUAUUGAUAUUAAAUCACAAAUUAGUGUAAAUGUUGAAAGAAGUGAAAAUGAAAAGAAGCAGAUGCCUUAUGGAUACAACUUUCUCAGCAGCUGUUCAUCACUCAUUACACAUUUAUAGCAUACUGAAACAAAUACCAGUUACAAAUUUUUUAUUACUGUGACAUCAAAAGGUGAGGAUAAAAUCCUGAUAAAGAUGAUCCAAACCAAGUUAAUUAAUUUGAAAGUUAAAUGCUCACAAAUUAAUUUAUUACUAAAAAUUAUUUUGAAUAAAUAUUUUUUUUACAGAGACACAUUCUACAUUAUUAUACAUUAUCAAUAAUUUGCUCUGUUGUUGAUUAAAUAUGUAUAAUAUGUGUAAGUAUGUACCAAUUGAGAAGAUGUAUAGGUUUUGGUCACAUCAGCUUUUUCCUAUUCAUGGAUAUGAAUACAUUUAUUAAUCUGUUUUGCUUAACUUCUCAAAUACCUGAGAGAGAUAGUUUCACACACAUGUAUUUGUUAAAAUUACAUGAUUAAAAAAGCUUUUCUGAAAAGUUCCUGUUGCCUGAUUUUAAAUAAAAACUUAGCACACAAAAUUUAAAUGUUAUUAUCAAACAGGUAUAAAAGGUUAUCAGUGAAUGCAGAAAGUUCUGAAAAAUGGGAAGGCAUUACAAAUUUAAAUUCAUGUGUGAACUGCAUAUAUAAGUAACACAUUCUGUUCUGCAUGGGUGAUGUAUGCCUAGUGGCAGAGUUCGUGGGAAUCCUAAGUGAUUACAUUAGCUGAGGUCAUUAAAAUGCAGUCAAGGAGCUCAUAUUGCCACACACAAACCACGUGAUAGCUUAUCAGCCAACUGUUGCAGUAGUCUCCUUCCAUUUGAGUGUCCUACAGAGAUAGACUCCCUGAGCAAAGCUCAGAUCAAUACCUGACUGCCUGAAGCUGGAGUGGAAGUGGGGGGAGAAUGCAUGUGUGUGUUGUUUGAUGGCUCAGCAGAAGCUCCUAUAAAACUCCUGAUUAAGCUGAAUAGGAGUCUGAAUUGUGGAAUUUGCUUAUCAAGUAUGCUGUUCAAGGAGAAGAGAAGGAACUGCAUAUGAGAUAAAGCACAACUGGAUGAAUGUUGCCUAGUGUUUACUUUGUACAGAAUUCUUUUCUGGGGUUAAACUUUGUGGUACAGCAGAGUAAUUAUUAAAUAGUUUGAAUAUUUUUCAAUAUAAUUAUACAGUGGGGAACAGAAUUAGUGUUUUGUGCAGAAAUUUUUAAAACAACUCAGACUGUGAAUAAACUGUUGUAAAAUUUUAUGUGUGAAUAGAAACAACAUUUUGUGAUCACAGAUUGUGAAAAUCAUGUUUCUCAUUUGGAACAUUUUAUCUUUCUUCUUCAACAAAUACACAUUUGGUGUGGCGCUUUUGCUGCUUGUGCUAAAGCUGUACCUCAAAUUUACAACUGGAUAUUGCAGAAGUGAUGCUACAAUCCAUGGAAAGACAGUUCUUAUCACAGGAGCUAAUACAGGUAUUGGAAAAGAAACUGCUAAGGACCUGGCAAGAAGAGGUGGAAGGAUUAUUCUGGCAUGUCGUGACCUCGAAAAGGCCAAAAAGGCAAGAGAUGAGAUAAUUGCAAGUACAAAGAAUGAAAAUAUCAUAAUCAAGAAACUGGAUUUACUAUCUUUGUCAUCUGUAAGGGAGUUUGCAGCUGAUAUCAAAGCCAGUGAAGAGAGGCUAGAUAUCCUGAUAAACAAUGCAGGAGUUGGUGCCAUGCCACAGAGGCACACAGAAGAUAACUUGCUUCCAACAAUGCAAGUUAAUUAUUUCUCUACAGUCCUUCUCACACUUCUGUUGAUUGAUUUACUGAAAAAGUCAGCACCCAGCAGAAUAAUAAUGGUCUCUUCAGUAGCUCACAAAUAUGCAAAACUAGAUUUGAACACCAUCAAUGUACGUAAGGCAUGUGGUUCACAGAGGCUGUACAACAACAGUAAACUGUGCCUCAUGUUGUUUUCCAACGAGCUGGCUCGAAAACUUUCAAAAACAGGUGUUACUGUGAAUAGUGUUCACCCUGGUGCAGUUUUAACUGAUAUAUUUAAGGGAAUACCAAAGUUUUAUUACCGUAUAUUCCUUGUUAUUGCGAAAGCCUAUUUUAAGACUCCUUAUGAGGGGGCACAGACAUUGGUGCACCUGGCAGUCACUCCAGGUCUAGAGAAGAUCACUGGAAAAUAUUUUGUGGAUUGUGCGGAAGACAAGCCAUUACCUCUGGCAGCAGAUGAGGGUAUGGCAAAGAAGCUCUGGGAGAUGACUGAACAAUUUGUGGGUCUCAAACCAGAAGAGAAAUUCUGGUGACUAACACGUGCCUUGGUUGUAAAAGGCUACUGUUACUAACAUUUCUGUGAAUCUGCUAAGAUAUUUUGAUAUUUUAAUAAAUUAUUAUUUUCAUGUUGAA